UAAUGGUCAAAUCCAAUACAAACACGAUCACUUUUUCCCGAAUUCGAUGUCUGACAUCUGGUUCAUGCUAACACUUUUGCUAAUUCUAUUCAGCGCGUCUAAAUCUUGACCAAGACUUACAAUAGUUUAAAAGCUUUCGUGUAUAUAUACAAUCAAUGUAUACAAAUAUCACAAGCAGAUCAGAAUUAGGACCCAGAAACCCAAAACUCAAAGACCCUACUGGUUUUGGUUCUCAGUUCUCAGGAUUUUUGUGUCAAAUUCAAUGGGCAGAGGGAUGGACAUAGAGAUGUUGCCAAUAGACUGUGUGUCCACAAUUCUGUCGAACACCUCUCCAUCAGACGCAUGCAGAUCUUCAAUAGUGUCAUCCACCUUUCGUUCUGCGGCAGAGUCCGAUGUUGUGUGGAAGAGGUUUUUGCCGGCUGAGUAUAGGGAUGUUGUCUCGAGGUUGGUCACUCCUUUGACGUUUUCUGCAAUGAAGGAGCUUUUUCUUCUUCUCUGCAAUCCGGUUCUCAUAGACGGUGGCAAAAAGAGCUUUAAGCUAGACAAAUCAUCUGGCAAAAUAUCCUAUAUGCUGUCUGCAAGAGAAAUUUCCAUAACAGGGAGCGAUGAACCCAUGUGUUGGAGCUGGAGAUCUGUCCCAGAAUCAAGGUUCUCGGAAGUGGCUGAGCUCAGAACAACAAGCUGGUUAGAAAUUCAUGGAAAAAUCAGAACUCAAAGUCUGUCACCAAACACAACAUAUGGUGCUUAUCUUGUAUUGCAAACCUGUGAUCGUGCAUAUGGGCUGGAUUCAAUACCAUCUGAAAUAUCAGUCUCAGUUGGGAACAGGCUAUUCAAUGGCACAGCAUAUCUAACUCGUGGGGAUCAGAAGAAACAGCAAAUGGAGUGCCUAUUUUAUAAGAACCGCAUCGAAAUUUUGGGAAAGAGAGUAGGAGAAGGAGACGGACGAGUCCCAUGUAAAAGAGAGGAUGGAUGGAUGGAGAUAGAGCUGGGCGAGUUCUUUAGUAGUGAUGCUUCAGAGGAGGUGAAUAUGAGUUUGAUGGAGCUUAAGGGACAUCAAUUGAAAGGAGGACUUGUCAUUGAAGGAAUUGAAUUAAGGCCUAAAGAGUAUUGAAAGAUUGUUAAUUUGCUUUGAAGUGAGGGAGAUAAAAUAGAAAAGUACAAAGGGUAUAGGUACAAAUUAGGUGUUUCAAUUGAUUUUUUUAUUUAUUUUUAUUUUUUGUCCCCUUUAUUGAUAGAGAGUGGGAAUUAUGUAGAAAAAGGAAAUUCUGUUCAGUGUGCACAUUUUAUACAAGAAGACAAAGGACUAUUCCUUUUGGAAUACAAGACAGGAGGAAGGAAACUCAUGUGCUAAUAAUUUAUUCUGCUUACACAAAGCCACUUGAAUUGAGUUCAAGUAAGUUAUCCUAAAGUUUUGAAUAGAGUUCCAACUUAUGUUUGUGGUCCUCAA